AGACAGACAAUCCAAGCCCAGCGAAUACACAUCUCGGACCAAGCCAUGUACUCAGGCGAAGCCAGGCGAUACACAGCAAUGCACAGUAUUCAAAUGGAGGAUUCUGUUUGUCCCAAGAAUAAAAAGUUUACAAUUCCUCUCAAGCGGCGGAGAAUAUCUGAAGAUUGUCAAGAGAUCAUUUCUCCUGACUCAAGAGAAGCCAAAGAGAUUUCAAUUGAGAUCCGUCGCCACUCUAUGGACUCAGACCUUGAAAAGUCAUACACUGUACUGCAAGUUUCAAAGGUACACAACACAUCAUUACAAAAAGACUUCUAUUUUAAACGAUCUGAGCUGAAGCAAGACGAACGUCAAGGGAAGGAGCUUCAAGAUACUCUUGCAUUCAAAGCAGAACAUGACCUUAAUAAAGUCACAGAUAUCUGCCAGAGAGGUCUGUAUUGUGAUGGCAAGAAUAAUGUUCUUGGAGAUGGGCGUAUGGGGGUGCUACUAUGGCGAUCCCCCAAUGCCUGUUUGGAAUCCAUGACAACAACAGCUUCAAACACAUUGUACUUGGUUGUUUUUAAGAUCCUACGAGGCCGUGUCAAGCUGAUUUCCCCCAGAAGCCCUGAAGAAACUGGCCCACUACUGGAGCCAAUGCCAAAUGCUGAUUGCCAUAUGGCUAAGUUGUCUGCAAACUCUACAGUGCAUGAUGUCAAGGCUGAAGUCGCUGCUGCAGCCAACCAGUUCUACUUGUACGAAUAUGAUGAUGAAGGACUUCCAAGGAAGCGCCCAAGGCAGAUUUUGCCAUAUGCUGUGAUCCAUCUCAAAAAGCAGCACAAAGAUCAACCCACUGGUCCUUCCCAACCCCUACCAGCUGCUGUCCCCCCAAUCAAAACCAAGCCAGCUGCUCCAUCUCCUGUUAAAGCCACCCCAAUGGUAGCACCUCUUGUUAAAGCCACCCCAAUGGUAGCACCUCUUGUUAAAGCCAAACUCCCACAGCCACUAAGGAUCCUCUAUAUUUGCGAAGAAAAAGGAACUGUAGCUUGGAAGGGGAUCCUUUCAAAUAAACGAAUGAGUCUUGGGUGUGUUGCCCUCCAGUCUGCUCACAAUGUGGGCAUCACAUUACGGAAUUCAUUCAUCGAUAUACGAAGCCACGUUCGCCUGUCUAGCUUGAAGUCAGUCCUGCCAGGAGAUAUAAGCACAGCAUGGUAUCAGCCACUGGAGUACAGGAGUCAUAUGUUCAGUGUAUGCAAUGUGCAAGUGUCGGGUCCAACAGACCGAUUCAAUACUUUUACCCGAACUUUGGCCAAUGCCCAGUUUGCGGGAUUGGAUGAUACUGGCAACUCUACCUUGAUGAUUUUUGUUCCUUCUUGCCCACUCGCCAUUAGUCUAGGGUUCUGUGGAUCCGUUGAGCCGCUUCGAUUAUUCUGCAUCAUCCGCCGCCCGAAAUCUGCAGUCAAAGACCUUAAUUCCCAAGAAGUUUCCUUUAGCCAGCGUUUCCAGAAACGAGGUAGUAUACUACGUGAACUCUGUAUCCAUGCGAAACACGUACAGCCCAUCCCAGCGUCCACACGCCCACCACCUCAAGUAAAACGGUCACUGUCACAAGGAUCUGCGCCGACCUGGAGCCGUAACGCUGGAGACGACUCGAUUAAGUCAAACCAGGAGCCUGUCGUCCCUUGCAAGCGUCCUCGAAGUGACAGCAAUGUCGGUAGUGUUAGUGGCUUGGCGAGAAAUGUAGUUGGUUUUGCUGCUGCAGAAAGGGAACGGCUACGGGAGUCGCUUUCAGUGGAGAAUAGUGUGAGGAGUAAUUUGGGACGUCAGUCAUUGGCACAAGUACAGUUAUCCCAGGUGGACACUUUAAGAGAUCCACGGCUACAAAAAGUUCAGAAAAUAGCAGAAGGGAUCAAUUCAGAACCGUGUGGACCAUUGGCAUCAAAGUCGUCCAAUUCCCUGAUGGGAUCAGAAGUCAAGGGUCAAGAGUCAUUUCAAGGACGCUUUUUAGCACAGCAGACAGUCGACUCGCAUAAAACAAGUAUGCACUCUACUACACUAUCUCCCAGGCCGUUGAUGUCUGCAAACCUGGCAACAUCUGAGGUCUCAGUGCUCAAGGUAUCACCAAACGAAGUAGCAACGUCACCCAAACCCCUUAUGACAGUACCAGUUGAGAGGGCAAUUAUUACACAUUGUAAUGACUCUCCGAAGCCACUGAUGGAUGUGCAAGUUAGGGAAUCGCAAAGCUCUUCAGCACAGACUAGUGGCGAGUCUCCUGGCGCAACCCAGUCUCACGCUCACAAGAGAGAAUAUUCUCCUAAGGCUUUGUUACCUACGCCACCCCUUAGCCACGCCCUAUCCCAGUAUGUAAAGGAAACAAAUCAAAUGAUCACGCCCACAAGACAUGUAUCAAGUCAAAGUAAAGAAAUGCCUGCUCAGACUUCUAGCUCACCUGGCAAUGAUCGCUGUGGUAUACCACAAAAUGAAUCAACUUAUCAUGGUGGCUCUACCCAGUCUCACGCUCACAAGAGAGAAUCUUCUCCUAAGGCUUUGUUACCUACGCCACCCCUUAGCCACGCCUUAUCCCCGUAUGUAAAGGAAACAAAUCGAAUGAUCACGCCCACGAGACAUGCACCAAGUCAAAAUAAAACAGCUGCCCAGAGCUCUGGCUCACCUGGUUAUCCCUGUGGUAUACCACAAAAUGAAUCAACUUCUCAUGGUCUAUUACCAACGCCUGCUCCAAUAAGCCACUCAUCGCUGCCAGAGAAAAAGAACUGUCUUAGUUGGUCAGCAACUUCUUCAGCGAGUUCGGGAGAUGUUAAGGCAGAGCAGCAUUCCCGGGUAACAGGUACUUUUAAGGACGUUAAUAACACGCCCCCAUCGGGUAGAUCUGAGACCACUAACCGUAAAGUCUGUGGCGCGUCAAACCUUGAUUACAAGAAAAAUUCGCAAUCAGAUAAAAAAGGUUAUUCCAAAGAAAUCCCCUUGUGGUUAAAGCGUGUUAGGACAUUUGAAGCUCCAAAGGAUGAGCCGUCUACGAAAUCCGAGGCUCCUAGACUCUGUGGCACUCCAUCAAACAUUGAUCGCGAUAAAAACGCAUCCGAAAACAUUCCUUUAUGGUUAAAACGUGCUAGAACAUCGGGAGAUCCAAGUGGUGAAUCUUACGGAACGAAGAACCGAGAUCGUAAUAUGAACACUUUGCCCCCUACCCCACCACGCUACACUCGACCCACACCUGACAAAGAAUCUCACCAAGAAAUAUGUUCUUCAGACUUUUCAAAACACAUUGAGCAGGUUAGUUCCAGUAAAACCAUCGACCAUUCGGUUGUGGCACCUCCUAGACUUCAAACUAUAAACACUUCUUAUUGUCAAGCUGCUUGCAAUAACGAAAACGUUUGUGAUGACCGCAAUAAGGAGAACAGAAUUGAAGAGCAUUUAACCCAGGCUUACUUACAUGAACAGACGCUUGUGAGUGUACUUCCUGUCGACCCGUUAAAGAACAUGGAAGGAUAUCAGCACCGCUCUGUUCAAGAAAGACUUCCUCAGCAGUACCGACAACCUUACAUCCGUCAGCCCAGUAUGUCCAACCCACAGGAACCCAGCCCUGCCCAGGCUAUGGGACCACCUCAUCAUACUAUGCAGCAGCCCCUUAUUCAUCACCCACAGGAACCCCAUCAUAUCCAGGCUAUGGGACCUCCGCACUAUACUAUGCAGCAGCCCCUUAUUCAUCACCCACAGGAACCCCAUCAAGUGCAGGCUAUGGGACCACCUCACUAUACUAUGCAGCAGCCCCUUAUUCAUCACCCACAGGAACCCCAUCAUAUCCAGGCUAUGGGGCCACAUCAGCAUAGUAUGCAGCAGCCCCUUAUGCAUCACCCACAGGAACCUCAUCAAGUCCAGGCUAUGGGACCACCUCAUCAUACUAUGCAGCAGCCCCUUAUUCAUCGCCCACAGGUACCCCAUCAUAUCCAGGCUAUGGAACCACCUCAUCAUACUAUGCAGCAGCCCCUUAUUCAUCGCCCACAGGAACCCCAUCAUAUCCAGGCUAUGGAACCACCUCAUCAUACUAUGCAGCAGCCACUUGUUCAUAACCCACAGGAACCCCAUCAAGUCCAGGCUAUGGAACCACCUCAUCAUACUAUGCAGCAGCCACUUGUUCAUCACCCACAGGAACCCCAUCAAGUCCAGGCCAUGGAACCACCUCAUCAUACUAUGCAGCAGCCACUUGUUCAUUACCCACAUGAACCCCAUCAAGUCCAGGCUAUGGAACCACCUCCCCAUAGUAUGCAGCAGCCCCUUUUGCAUCACCCACAGGAUCCCCAUCACAUCCAGGCUAUGGAACCACCUCCCCAUAGUAUGCAGCAGCCCCUUUUGCAUCACCCACAGGAACCCCAUCAUAUCCAGGCUAUGGGAACACCUCAUCAUACUAUGCAGCAGUCCCUUAUGCAUCACCCACAGGAACCCCGUCAUGUCCAGGCAAUGGAACCACCUCACCAUAGUAUUCACCAGCCCCUUAUGCAUCACCCACAGGAACCCCAUCAAGUCCAGGCUGGUUUCGCACAGGUUAUUUCUCAAGCAAUUACCACUAUAGCAACACCUCAAGUUAUGGGAAACCCUAUGAUAUUCCAACAGCCUCCUGUAAAUACUCCUGUAUUGUUUUCUUUACAUAAUUCCGAAGCCGUACCACACCAUCAAACGAUUUAUUCUACAGUACAACAGAGGAAUUACGUGGUAAUGAGUACCAUGAAAAUAGCGAACCAAGAUGUAGUGCGAACUUUUCCUAACAACCUGCAGCAGCUGCGCUAUCUACAUCUACUGCCGCCCGUUAAUCAAAGUUUAACUCACCCUGCAAAUCAAUUACAUGGGCAAUCUAAUGUGGGAAGUUUCCAGGAUUCGUAUCGUGAUACUCCCGAGUCACAGCGUUUGCCGCAUCCAAAUAUAUCCGGGCAAAAAGCAAAUAACAAAGAGCAAAUACAACCACCUGAAUCUCCGCCGCCACCGCCACCGCCACCGCCUCCUCCACCGCCGCCCCCGCUGCCACCAACUCCAAAUGUUGAAGACAGCGGAACCCAUGAACUACUUCCAAAGAAUGAUGUAGUACACCCUAUGCACAAUGCAGAUGAUAGAGUCGAUGAGGCUCAUAGGAAGGGCCGACCAGUAAUAUCGAAAUGCUCUGAUGACAAACCUAAAAAACUUUGCCAAACGGGGCCUCGCAGUCGACAACAUACGCACAUACGUUCAAAUGUAGCUAAUACUAAAGAAAAUAAUGAAGAUAGGAGAGUCGAUGAAUAUCGAAGAAAGUGUAAGUCUAAACCCGGAACUACUAAAGAAAAUCUAGAUGUGAAUGCUAAUAUCUGCAAGAAUUUGGAUAAAAGAAAACGUAGUUACAAAGAGGCGAUGAACGAAUCCGCCUAUUUGGAAGGAAAUGUCAAGGAAAGGUUGUCAAGUGAAGGUGCAGCUGAUGCCAAGAGAGCGCAUUUGGCUGAUCCUGGGAGCAAUACAAUGACGGGACAUAGUACGCUAAUCAAGGCACAUUAUCCCGAAGACCGUGCUAGGGUCCUAGAUAGUCACGCCUCGCCCAUCUGCGAGAAGAGAGCACGCCCGGAUAUUUCGAAUUACUCAGAGAUCAAUAAAUCAAAGGAGAGCACAAGUGUCAGAUCCGUGGAUCCUACCACCCAAACAUUAUCUUCCUCAUCUCCUUGGACCACUGGUCUAGACGUUGUUAUUGACAUACUGCAGUUUGAGAUGGAAAGUCUCUUUCUCGAAAAUUCUGAGGUCUUGAAGUGUGACCAGGACCAGGCGCUUAGCUUGCUGUCGCACGACAAUGUCCAGGAAGUCGUGGGUGAGACUGUCGUCUUUAGAGUUAUCGAAAACGUGUGGAGAGACCUUCACUUUGAAGCAGUGCACAUGGUGGAGCUCGAAGCAGCGGAAGCUAUAGAAAUGCAAACUGUCGGUGAUGUAUCGGAAGUAACCAUUGAAGAGGAAAGGCUUGAAACCGUCAAGGAGUUGGUAAUUUUAAGUUCAAAGGAUGUCCAACCAAAUAUUGAGAAACAAGAAGGAUCGCCGGUCCGUGUGGAGGAAGAGCUAGUCACUUUACCGUUCAAAUUUAAAGAUAAUGCUAAGACUACGAGCACUAUUCGUACCGAACUCACUCUAGACGUUAAUAGCCCCAAACAGGAAAUGAGCACUUCUCGACCGCAGACGAGUACCACUUUAUCUUUAGAAGUUAAAGAUAAUCUGACAAAGACUUCGUGUACCGAUCCUUACGAACCCGCCUUACAAGACCGAAAUAGCAUACAGCAAAAAACGAGUACUUCCGGACCGCAGACGAGUUAUCCCCGACAGCUUCCCCCCCUAAUGAGCACUCGCACAACCCACCCAUACACAGGGAGACCUCAUGCCAGAGAACCUCUUCAACACAGCAACCUUGUGAACAGUACUCCAUACAUCCGCCCAUCACAAACGCACAACGAAAAAUCACAUUGGGGUACCGGCCCCCAACGCGCUCGCCCUGUUGUAAGACCCCGGGUUGUCGGCCAUGUAGUACCAUCUUUUCGGCCGAGCCAUCGGGGAAUAGCUGGUUUCGUGGAUCAUGUCGCCAGGGUUACAUGGAGCAGCUACCAAGACAGACGAUACGAUAGCCCCCCCAAUGGCCCAAGAAGGCAGCAUGUCCAUGCUAACGGAGGACAAAGAUAAGUACUUCAAUAGGGAAGGUAAUACUUGUGGAUUGCUCUUUAGGACAAAGAUGAGUUAUUCAAGAGGAAAGAUGCGUUACAAGCCGCUACAAGUUACAAGCCGUUACAAGUGCUGUAUGUAACCCGUGUGAGAUCAAGACAGCGUGACAUUUCGUACUAGGCGUGACAUUUCGCACUGCCAUGCAAUGAAGAGGACCUUUUUGUUAUAUAAGUUAUUAGUAUAAAUCCACUCCAUACUAUUACGAAUCUCGCAAUUUGAUCGGCUCCCGUACUCAGUAUCUAUUGAGCCAUAGGUAGAGUAGCGAAAAAAUGGCGAAAAAAGCGGUUAUUUAUUACUGAGAAUUAAUUAAAUCGUCUUUUAUGUGUGUGGAUUUAUACUAAAACAAUUAGACUACUCGUUUUCUAUGAGUCAAAUACGCUACGCGCCUUGUUGACUAUCUAUUGACUCAUAGAAAUCUCGAACUCGUAGUCUAAUUGUUAAUUGUAAUAGUGACUCUUUGUAUCUUGUGCACGAAAGCGAGGCAACGUGUUUUUGUAUUGUCUUUGUUUGUUGUUGUUGUUGUUGUUGUCUGCUUUACGAAGGCUUGAAGCUAGACAUCGUGGUUGAAAUCUGGUAAAAUCCAGCAAAAAAUAAGUUCAAGAAGUUACAAGCCUAACUAAAGCCUCGCUUUUCCGCUCAAAUUGCAAUGGACUUUCAUUAUCCGGAAAACGGUUCUAAAUGAAUGCAAUAGCUUCCCAUCAAACCUGAAAUCACUAAUGAUGAUGAUAAUGGUCUGACUAGUCAUCCGGUAUGACAGUUGGGGGCAGCGUCAUGGUACUGCGCAUGUUUGGUGUCGGUGUUUCUUGUAGGCUUUUAAUUGUCUACAAACUGUUAAAAUUUAUGCUGUCAAUGCCUUGUUAAAGUACUAUGCAAUAUUUUAUUGAGAACUAUGUUUAUUGACAGUUUGUGGUCAUAUCCUUCGAAUUUAAGUCUCCCACAUGUACCAAAGGCUCAAAAGUCAAUAUCAGAAUUUGACUGAAAUUCAUUGUGUCCGGGCCGAAGAGCUAUUGCAAAGCUCUUACCAUGACACUGCCCCUUUAAUUCGCGUGUGACAUAUUUAUACAAGCCAAACGUCACAGAUAAGGUUUGAAAAUAUCUUUUGGACAAAUAUUGAUUGUUGUCUAAUUUUUAAAUUUUGCUGUUCCAUAUAGGAUUUUAUCAAUAUUGUUACAUUUUUGAGAUGCAAAACUAUAAAUAUAAUUCAUAAAGAUAAGAAAUUAUACCAUUUUAUUUCCUUACGCUUGAAUUGUUGUUUUUUUUCUUCUAUUUUGAGAUGAUUACCAAAGCCCACUUAACCAAUUAAUUAUCAAGACUAAUAAGAAUUAUGUGGCAACAAACUAAAUUGUAUAUAGCUUAUAAAUCACGAACAAUGCUUCCUAAGAGAGGGUUGGCCCUCUCAAAUAAAAUCAUUUAUGAGAGCUUAAAUUUUUACAAUAAAAAUACGAUUAUUA